AUGCUUGCACUAGUGAAUCCGUUUCCGCCUGAUGUUCACCGUGCUUCACAGCCAUCUACUCGUAAAUCAUCAUCUUCAGCAACAAGAUCUUCUUCCGCCACACUGUCAUCCCACCACCCACCGUCGCUGCAGCGGCAACCUUCCGCACCCAACUCACAACCCGCAGUUCACUUCCAACUCCCGCGGGUCCAACAACACUAUCAUCCUGCUCCACCACCUAUCCAAAUUCCCCUUCCGAAUCCCCCGACGCCCCUUCAGCCAGCACCAUUCGACAUACACACCUACCCCUCCACCGAUCUCCUCAAAUUACUCGCUUCGCUUCUUACCCAGAUAGCAGCGACGAACGACCACCUCUCACCACACCCAUCAUCUCCCAGUUCAGCCCACCACUCUGCCACCUCUCCCAUCGACUUUGACCACGCUCCACAUCCGCCUAUUUGGUACACGCUUACAACAGCAUCAAGAGGCGCUUUCACAACCCCCGUAUCCACCCUCACCUUCCACGCACGAAAUGUCCCCACCAUCACACUCGAAGCCUACCUCCUCCGCAUACUCAAAUACUGUCCAACCACAAACCACGUCUUCCUCUCCCUUCUCGUCUAUUUCGAUCGCAUGUCCAAGCUGAGCCAAGACGCUACAGGACGGGCGUUCGUCAUUGAUUCAUAUAACAUCCAUCGAUUGGUCAUUGCGGGCGUAACAGUCGCAAGCAAAUUCUUCAGCGAUGUAUUUUACACAAACUCGCGAUACGCAAAGGUCGGCGGUCUGCCCCUUCCAGAACUUAAUCAGUUGGAGCUUCAGUUCUUGCUACUCAAUGACUUUCGACUCGUCAUAUCCAGCGCGGAGAUGCAGCGCUAUGCAGAGCAGUUGAUGGUUUUUUCGCGAUCGAGUGAUCCUGCGCUUUUGUUGAAGCAUCCUGCCAUACAACAACCUCAACCCGUCGCCUCUUCAUCAUCAGCGUCAUCAUCACCUCACCGCCAAAAUAAAACCAGCCCCCUAAGGGUCGUGUCGCCUAAAGGGAUGGGCGCGAUAGACGCUUACGGAGGCCACGUACCGAGUUCCGAAUCUCAUGCUGCUUCUAUGGCAAAAAUGCAAGCUGGUGUCCCGAAAUUGAGCUACCCUAUUCCUAGAACACCGCGUAGUGCGGGUGUUAAUGGUCAUCCUCCUCCACCGCCGUCCCCUGAUACGCCGGACGACGAGGACGAGGUGGAGACGGAGACGGAGACGGAAACAGAGACGGAUGGAGGAUCAACGACAGACGACGAGCCUACGAUUCGACCUGGUGAUGGUGGGAGCGUGUGUAGUAGUGUGAGGAGCAGGAGGAAUAGUUUGGCUAGUAGUGUUUGGGGGGACGAGGAUGAGGAUGGGGAGAUGGAGGUUGUUGUUGAUUCUGAGGCUAGGGAGGGUGGACGUGGACAGGAGGAUGGGGAGAGGACUCCGGAUACGUUUGGGAAUGGUGGGAAUGGAGGUGGGGUGAAUGGACAUGGACAUCAUGGAAGGGAUGGAGAUCAUGCUAUGGGGAGUCCCUGA